AGCGUGGGCUGCUGCUUGUUGAUGGGCUUUGAUUCUUCCAACUUUGAGCUCGAGGUUCUCUUCUCAAGUGUUCGUUCUUUUGCAUUUGCAAGCCGUAGUGCUGCUUCCAUUCGUUGUGUAUCUGCCCUUUUGAGUCCAUUGACUCGAUCCAUUCGCUCAUUGCCAAUUCACUUCAUACAGUCUUUACGAGAGCCUUUGCUUGAAACGCCCAAACCGGUCGAACCGAACAAACAUCAGCCAUGAAGUCCUUCGUGUCCAUCCUGCCCCUUGCAGCUUUUGCCGCUGCUGCGGACGUUUGCACUCAGCGGACAGUUACCCAAACUGAGGUCAACACGGUGACUGUCACUGUCCCGGCUGUCCCAAGUUCCUCUUCUGUGGCUGCUGCAGAAGUUACUGAGACGGUCUACGUGACCCACUCAGCUGGUCCGCAGAAGUCGCACCACCCUCAUCAACCACACUUCUCGCACUAUCCGUUCCCGAACGGAACGUCCAACUAUACCGCUGCUCCAGCACCAACUUAUACCCCGACCACCCUACCAACCGUCUCUUUCGUGCUCCCUUCGUCGGUGGAGACAAUCUACCUCUCUCCUUCGCCUGUGGAGUCCCCGGCCGACAGUGCAACAGCGGCGCCUAGCGAACCUGCUGCCAUCCCUACUUCUGAGGCCGCGGUCGUUUCUUCAGCCGCCCCGGCCACACCUUCCGCGCCGGCUGCGUCAGAUGAUUCCGUCGAUAGCGAGGCCGCUUCGAUCUCUGGCACAGCUACUUUCUAUGGCGGCAAUAUUGCAGGAGGUCACUGCUCGUUCAGCGGCUAUACUCUGCCCUCUGGAAUCUUCGGAACGGCGUAUGGUGGGAACUGGGAUGCGUCGGAGUGCGGUGCGUGCGUUUCGGUGACGGGACCAAACGGUAACUCGAUCAAGGCGAUGAUCGUUGACCAAUGCCCCGAAUGCGACGCCUCCCAUCUCGACCUCUUCCAAAACGCCUUUACCCAGCUUGCUCCCGCUUCGAAGGGCGUCAUUGACAUCUCCUACGCCAUUGUCCCCUGCGGCAUCACUUCGCCCAUCAUCCUGAAGAACAAGGAGGGGACCUCGCCUUAUUGGUUCUCCAUGCAAGUGAUGAACAGCAACGUCGCCAUCUCCAAGUUCGAGGUGUCGACCGACGGCGGCUCGACCUGGAAGGCUACCACCCGCCAACCAUACAACUUCUUCGAGAACGCGAGCGGGUUCGGCACGAAUACGGUUGAUGUUAAGGUUACGAGCGUGAAUGGGCAGAGUAUCACGGUGAAGGGUGUUAGUGUGGCGGCGAGCUCGACGAAGACUGCUAGCAGCAACUUCUCGUAGAUUCGCAGAAGGAGAGGAGCAUAUGGGUGCUCUGUUUUCGCUUCGUUUCGCUUCUUCUGGCGACGGCGUAUCUUGAUGAUUGGACCGACGAUUUCUGAUGUUUAACUUCUAAACACCUUUCGCUUCCUGUAUGUAUUAGCCAACCUUUCAAGAAGAACAAAGUU